CAAGCAAGAAGAGCCCCUCUUCGUCCUCGCACCAGCUUCCAGCCUACAGCUCCCGGCCGCCUUCUAACCGACGGCACCUACAAUGCCUGCUGCUGCAACGUCUCCUCGUCCUCGUCUCUUCUGCCCUGCUCGUACACCAAUAUAAUAGUGUUUGGUAGAUGUUACCGAGAUCGAGAUGGGAUGAAUUUCAGGCAAAAAAAUUGUAUUUUCCCCCCUCCUCCUAUCGCUUGCUUCUUCUCUACCUCUCCGCCUCACCUCCUCCUCCUCCAUAUAAGUAAUAAGAAGCCCGCCCAGCUCUCGCCGUGGCCGUCAUCAGUAGCAGUAGGUGGUCAGUCAAUCCUCCGCUCGCCAUCCAUUUGAUCGACCUCCCCUGCUGCUGACCGGCCACCCAUCGAUCGCGGCGCGGCCAAGCGAUCCCCGCCAGCCAUAAAGGCGAGCGCGACGGAGGGAGGGGGAGAGCAAGUGCACUGUUGCAUUGCUGGCCGCCUCUGUCGUCGCCGUCCGUCCGUCCGUCUUGCUUGCUGAGGAAGGAGGGGAGUGGUUGCGGCAUGAGGCGAGCGGGAACGGCGCGCGGCGGCCGGGGCCACGGCGCGGCGGCGGCGGGGCGGGCGGGGAGGGUGAUGCGCGCCGCGGUGUCGGCCUUCUUCGGCGGGUACCACUGCUUCUCCUCCGUGGCGGCGCUGCUGGCUCUGCCGUUCUCGGCGGCCGUGCUGGCGUCCGAGGCGGCGGCGCCGUCCUCGCCGGCGCUGCGCGGCGCGGCGGCGCGGCUCCGGGCCGUGUUCGCCGCCGCGGGGUUCCCGCCGUCGCCCUUCUUCGCGCUGCUCGAGGCCAAGCUCGCGCAGACCGUGUUCACGUUCGCGGCCACGCUGCCAUUCGCGCUCACGUUCCUGCUGCUCGCCAAGGCCUGCGUCGCCGCCAUGCUCCGUGACGACGGCGACGGCGCGCCGCGGCCGCCCCGGCGGCGGCGGCUCGCCGCGCUCCCGCCCUGCGGCGCCGUGGCCCGCGCGUACCCGGCCGUCGCCGCUACGCACCUCGUCAACGCCUUCCUCAUGCUCACCGCCAACGCCGCGGUGUUCUCGCUGCUGCUGCUCGCCUUCGGCGCCGCCGACCUGCUCGGCCUCACCUCCCACCCCUGGACGCUCGCGCUCUCCGCCGCGGGCGCCAUCGUCUACUCGCUCGCCGUCGGCGUCGCCACCGUGGUCUGCAACCUCGCCGUCGUCGUGGCCGCCACGGAGCCCGGGUGCGCGGGCCACGCCGCCGUGCUCAGGGCGUGCGUGGCGAUCAGGGGCAGAGUGUCCACCGCGCUGGCGCUGGCGCUGCCCACCAACCUCGGCAUGGCGGCGGCCGAGGCGCUGUUCGGGCUCCGCGUCAUCGCGCAGCGCCGGAGGGCCGGGAGGCUCGCGCCGGGGGUCGCCGGCGAGGCCUUCUCGAUCGCCUACAUCCACGCGAUCUGCGUCGUGCUCGAGAUCAUCGUCAGCUGCAUGUUCUACCGGAGCUGCAAGAGGAGUGAAGCGGACGAGCUCAGAGAGCUCGAGCCGGAGGAGAAGGGUGACCUCCAGGCUUGAGCUAUCAUGUCUCAGCUCAGCUUCAACUGCAGUCAGGUGUAAAAGAAACGGCAAAUCUCACAACAAAUAGCCACACAGGAUCAGAUCAAAUGGUACAGAGCUGAUCCAGAGAAAUAUAGAGAAUUAAGAUAGGUUUCUGCAUAUGUUUUAUUUUUGUUGGCAAGCAGAUGAAAGGUUGAGGUCAAAUAAAUCAUUGUUAUCUUGUACAGAAGGAAAUAAGUACCUUCUACUGAAA